CAGCGGCCUACUUACAUGAAUCAUUGCUAUGCCGGAAUCGAUCCGGUCACCAUACCGCUGCCACAGAGAUGGAAAGAGAGAGAGAUAGAGAAAAAGAGGGAAAGAAAGAGGAGGAGGAGGGGGGAGUCUGUCAGUGAGAGAGGUGAACAAAGCUGCCCAGUUUGCUUUUCUCUGAGCAGUUGUGAAGUGUGACCCAACUUUUCCAGAAUUCCAGAAGUGGUUGUCGUUAAGAAGUUUGCCUUAAUGAAUCCGUUCGAUUAGUGGACGGUGUCUCUCUCCUCACCUUGUUCCUGUGACUUCAACUGAAAUCAGGAUGGACGUUGAGCGGGGCAUGAUGGGAAGCCGCCAUCGGGGACCUGAGGGAUAUGAGGAAGAGGAGGACCACCAGUCCAUCUACAUCGGGGUGCCCAUCCCUCGGGGUUACAGACGCAAGCGACGGCGAAGACGCUCCAUGUCCAGCCGCGAAUCCGGGGACAUGGAGAGGGACAGGCAGUACGAGCACCGCCACAGACACCACGACCUGGACGACCGGGACAGGUACGACAUGGAGCCCGGAGGCCUGGACCCGCCCGAGCACAGCAUUCCCUCCGACAUCAACAGGACCAUGUCUCCUGCAGCUGAACGUCUGCGGUACAUUCUGGGUGAUGACGAUGACAUGCCCAACCCGACGCUGUUCACGGAGAUGGACACGCUGCAGCAUGAUGGAGAUGAGAUGGAGUGGAAGGAGUCGGCCAGGUGGGUAAAAUUUGAGGAGAAGGUGGAGGAUGGAGGAGAGAGGUGGAGCAAGCCCCAUGUCUCCACGCUGUCCCUACACAGCCUCUUUGAGCUGCGCACCUGUCUACAAACUGGCACCGUGCUGCUUGACCUGGAAGGGUACUCCCUACCGCAGAUAGUGGAUGACAUUAUUGAGAGACAGAUUGAGGAGGGGAUGAUUGGUCCAGAGCUGCGAGAUAAGAUUAGUUUCGUCCUGCUGAGGAAGCACAGACACCAGACCAAGAAGGCCAUCCACCGCUCCUUUGCAGACAUGGGCAAAUCAGGCGGCGGUAACACCGGUAACCGCAGUCCAAACCGUGCCCCGCCCGUGGGAGCAAACUUUAACCGCUCCACAGAAGACCUGCGCUCCAAACAGGCAGGCAACUAUGGGCGUCUGCGUCAUGCCCAAAGUCGCAGUAUGAAUGAUAUUGCUGACACACCCAGCAACGACCAGAUGAAGAACAAAUUCAUAAAAAAGAUCCCCAGAGAUGCGGAGGCAUCGAAUGUCCUGGUUGGAGAAGUUGACUUUCUGGACAAGCCCUUUGUGGCCUUUGUACGCUUGGCUCAGGCAACCACCCUCGGAGGACUGACUGAGGUCCCUGUCCCCACCAGGUUCUUAUUUAUUCUUCUGGGACCGCAUGGCAAAGCGAAGUCCUAUAAUGAGAUAGGAAGGGCCAUCGCCACGCUGAUGGUGGAUGAUCUCUUCAGUGAUGUUGCAUACAAAGCCAGGGAUCGGGAGGAUCUCAUCGCCGGCAUCGACGAGUUCUUGGACGAGGUCAUCGUCUUGCCACCUGGGGAGUGGGACCCCAAGAUCCGCAUUGAGCCCCCCAAGAAAGUGCCCUCAGCUGACAAAAGGAAGUCGGUGUUCUCCCUGAAUGAGCUUGGCCAGAUGAACGGAGCAGCCGGCGGGGGAGGUGGCCAGACCGAUGACGAAGCGAUGCCAAUGCCACAUGAGCUUGGAGAGGAGCUGGCAUUCACUGGCAGAUUCUGUGGUGGUCUGUUCCUGGACAUCAAGCGUAAGGCGCCCUGGAUACUCAGUGACUUCCUGGACGGCUUUCACAUCCAGUCCAUUUCGGCUGUGCUCUUCAUCUACCUGGGCUGCAUCACCAACGCAAUCACCUUUGGUGGGCUCCUGGGAGAUGCGACUGACAACUACCAGGGGGUGAUGGAGAGUUUCCUGGGCACAGCCCUGGCGGGGACCGUUUUCUGCCUUUUCAGUGGCCAACCCCUCAUCAUCCUCAGCUCCACUGGGCCCAUUCUCAUCUUUGAGAAACUGCUCUUUGAAUUCAGCAAGAACAAUGGCAUAGACUACAUGGAGCUGCGCCUGUGGAUCGGCAUUCACUCGUGCAUCCAGUGUUUUCUCCUGGUGGCCACGGACGCCAGCUACAUCAUCAAGUACAUGACUCGCUUCACCGAGGAGGGCUUCUCAAGCCUUAUCUCCUUCAUCUUCAUCUCGGACGCCAUCAAGAAGAUGGCGGGAUCCUUCAAGUACUACCCCAUCAAUACGGACUUCAAGCCCGACUACGUGACCCAGUACAAGUGCGAGUGCAUCGCCCCAGACCCGAUGCCAGUGCCAGAUAACACUUCUGCUCUUUUUGGGGUAAAUAUUUCAGCUCUGGACUGGACUCAGCUCAGUAAGAAGGAGUGUGUGAAGUAUGGAGGCGCUCUGGUGGGUAAUACCUGCAAGUUUGUGCCCGACCUGGCUGUGAUGUCCUUCAUUCUCUUCUUCGGGACCUACUCCAUGGUUGUCUCGUUGAAGAAGUUCAAGACCAGCCCUUACUUCCCCACUGCGAUUCGGAAGCUCAUCAGUGACUUCUCCAUCUUCAUGUCAAUCAUGACAUUUGUGGGGCUUGAUAUGUUGGUGGGCCUUAAGACUCCUAAACUAAUUGUGCCCACAGAACUUAGGCCCACCCGUCCAGGUCGAGGUUGGAUUAUAUUACCUUUUGGAAAGAACCCUUGGUGGGUGUAUGUGGCCAGCUUUGUGCCAGCACUCCUUGUCUCCAUCCUGAUCUUCAUGGAUCAGCAAAUCAGUGCUGUAAUUGUCAAUCGAAAGGAGAACAAACUGAAGAAAGGGUGCGGGUAUCACCUGGACUUGUUUUGGGUUGGCAUUCUGAUGGCGGUCUGUUCCUUCCUGGGACUACCCUGGUACGUAGCUGCCACUGUCAUCUCCAUCGCCCACAUAGACUCCCUUAAGAUGGAGAGUGAGUCCAGCGCACCUGGAGAAUCACCUCAGUUCCUCGGAGUGAGAGAGCAGAGAGUGACUGGGAUUCUUGUGUUUGUGCUCACUGGAGUGUCCAUCUUCCUGGCUCCUAUUCUUCAGUACAUACCCAUGCCAGUACUUUAUGGAGUUUUCCUCUACAUGGGUGUGGCCUCUCUCAGUGGAAUCCAGUUCUGGGACCGGAUGAAAUUAUAUAUGAUGCCCUCCAAGCACCAGCCUGACUUCAGCUACCUGCGCCACGUGCCUCUGAGACGGGUUCACCUCUUCACAUUAGUCCAGAUCAUGUGCCUGGUGGUUCUCUGGGUGCUCAAGUCCACUUUUCUGGCCAUCAUUUUCCCUAUCAUGAUUUUAGGGCUGUUGCUGGUGCGUAAGAUGCUGGACAUGGUGUUCUCGCAGCAUGACUUAGCUUGGAUGGAUGAUAUCUUGCCCGAGAAGGAAAAGAAGAAGAAAGAGGAUGAGAAGAAGCCAACGAAAGACAAGAAGAAGUCAAGAUUAGAUGACAGUGAGGAUGAGGAGAAGUACCACCCGUACUCUAACUGCUCCCCCCCAGACUCUGACCUGGACCGCAGCAUCACGCUGCACUUGAAGAUCUCCUGCCCCUCGUCGCCGGCAGGGCCCAUGAGUCGCGGCAUGUCCUGUCCUGUGCCCCAGGUCAAGAUCGAGAUGGAGUCCGACUACGAGGACACGGACACGGAGCCGCGGCACCGGGACAUGAGCAGUGAGACGACGUUGUAGUGGUCCCCGCACUCUCGCCUCCAGACAGAGUUAGUCAAAGUGAACAGCAAAGCCGCACCUGUGGGCACACUGUGAGAUGAAACGAUCUCCUAUGCUCCCACCAUAGAGGUGCAGACAGGAAAAUGCAAGGGGAAUGGUCAAACACACUUGCCAUGGACUCCCAGUUUUUGUGAUACUGCAGAUCUCAGAUGGAUGUCGUGUAUGGGAACUGUGUCCAAAGUCCAAACUUUGGUCCGUGUUAACCAUUACCAAACCUUCAGUAAGCAAAUGCACCAGGUUUUUUUUUUUGUCCAGUCAUAUACCACAUAAUGCCAGAUUCUUGAGACAUCAUUUUUGAGCAGAGGGAGCUUUUAACUGUAAAUGAGAGUAUAUUUUGUGCAAAUCUAUCUUUAUCUCUAUAUAUAUGUAUUUAUAUAAUAAGCAGUAUGUGAAGAACAUACUUAUUUUGCACUUUCCAUUCAAAGAAGUUUUCCACAAAAUGAUAGAUAGAAAAUGACCUGAGGGAUUCCAUACAUCGGAAAAUUAUUGGUUUUCCCUCAAGAGUAAAACAAGUGGUGCUGUUUAAGUCUAUGGAUUAUGUAGUUAAUGUUCUUUCGAGCAAGAAAUUGUUCUUUUAUUUCCUUUUUUGUUUCUUGCCUCUGUGUCGGUUGGAAAAGGCUGGGGGAAAAGAAACAACCAAAACAGCUUCAAAACCCAAAUUCAAAUUCUGCUAGGUUACAUUAUAAAAUAAGUUAUUGUUCCGCCAUACAAUAACUUAUAAUCUUUACUACAGCAGACAAUUGGUAUGUAACAUUACCAAUAUUUUUGUGUGAAUGUGAGUCAAUAUACGAUGUAAUUAGCAACUGGUUAUGGGUUAUUAGAGAGUGAGACACUCCAAUAUUGUAGGUGGAAUACCUAUGUCUACAACUUGAAAUGUAUGUGUUUCUACUAUUUGAUGUGACCAGAGGAUAUAUGUUGUAGCAUCCGUCACCUGUUAACAGAAAUGCCAUGCAGAAUAAGUUAUUCCCAUUGUCCUUUCAGUCAGCCCAGCCAUUUUUGUAUGUACAUGCAAUUUGUGACGUGUCGCUGAAAAUCUAUUUUGUAUACUUAGGUUGUUAAUCUUAUAGAUCAUGAAAUAUUAUUGUUUUCUAUAAGAGUACUAUUGUAGCAAAGAUGAUAAUAUAAUGUUAUAUUUGUCUAUAUUAUUUAAAUCAAAUAUCUAUCUUUAUUACUGACAACAUGGAUUCUCACUUUAAAAGAAUAUUUUACAACCUGUGAAUGUGCAAUUAAUGUACCUUAAUGUACAUGACACUUAUUUCACGAUUCAAACAACAUGAAAAACCAAUCACAAAAUUGCCAAAGCAAUAAUUGUACCACCAUGAGCUUUGGUAUUCCAAACACCCAAAGUUCAUAAAAAGUGCUACUAUGUCUUUCUGAAGACCCGCUUGGUAGACAAACAAACACUCACCAUA